AUGCCUCAAUCCGACGUCGCGGCCAAGCCUCCCGGCGAUGACUCGCGUCCAUCACUUGCGGACGAAAAAGUUGAGAUUUCCAGGGCCCAGGAAAUUCUGCUGAUUGUCACGUUGAGCACGACACAAGCGGUGCAAGAAGCAUGCUUAGGCAUAGUGAUUGCUGGGCUGCGGCCCAUUGCAGAGAGUUUCGGUGUUGAGGGUGACAGUGCGCAGCAGAGUUGGUUCGCUGCUUCAUAUGCGCUCACUGUUGGCACUUUCGUACUCCCUUUUGGCAGGAUUGGAGAUUUAUAUGGCCAUAGGACCCUCGUCUUGAUUGGCUGGCUGUGGUUUUCUGUGUGGAGUAUUGUCACUGGUCUUAGUGUGUAUUCAGGACAGGUCAUAUUUUUCGAUUUUUGCAGGGGUAUGCAAGGUAUUGGACCGGCCAUGCUCAUCCCUAAUGCAAUUGCGAUACUGGGACGACAGUACCCGGAGGWAAGCUUAAAGAAGAAUAUAGUAUUUGGACUAUUUGGAACUCUGGCACCCGCAGGAUUUGUUGGAGGGUGUCUCCUCGGAGCCUUGUUUGGACAGCUUACUAGCAACUGGUCAUGGGCUUUCUACACAAUCGGCUUGAUGUGUAUGGUGCUUGGAGUACUUUCAGCAUACGCGCUUCCUAAGUCGACGAUGGUACGACCAACGGACCAUAUGCUUGCCAGGCUUGAUGCUGUAGGUGGUCUUAUUGCUGUUCCCGGAUUGGUGCUGUUCAACUUCGCUUGGAAUCAGGCCUAUGUCGUGGGAUGGGCUGCUGCUUACAACGGCAUCACACUGGCGUUUGGGGUAGUGCUUCUGUCGGCGUUUGUCUGGUGGGAAGGGCGCGCAGAGUAUCCUUUGAUACCUACCAAGUACUUUGACACAGAAGCGACUCUGACCCUCGUCGUGAUCGUUUGUGGCUUCAUGAGCUUUGGAAUCUGGGACUUUUAUUACUUCGUUUUCUCCACUCAACUGCGUGGCUACACACCUUUGGCCGUGACGGCUCAAUUCACUCCAAUUCUCAUUUCGGGCACUAUCGCUGCAUUGGUUGCAGGAUAUGCCCUGCACAGGACGAGUGCAAGCUUCGUUCUAUCGUAUGCCAUGUUGGCAUUCGUUGUCGCGACGUUGUUGCUUGCCAUUGCUCCUGUCGAGCAGACUUACUGGGCGAUCACCUUYGUCUCUAUGCUUAUUGAGCCGUGGGGAAUAGACGCCGCCUUCCCAGCUUGCACUAUCAUCCUCGCGAACAGGUUUCCUCAAGAGCAUCAGGGUGCCGCUGCUAGUAUCGUCAACACGCUGGUCAAUUAUUCGAUAAGUCUUGGUCUAGGAAUGGCUGGAACUGUGGAGAGGAAUGUCAGCUCCGGCGAUAAUCCAACCGAAGUGCUCAAAGGGUUUCGAGGAGCUUUCUGGCUUGGAACUGGGCUCGCUGGAUUGGCUUUAGCGAUUGCGUUGUCGUUCCUCCUUCACGAUUUCAUUACUGCGAGAAAACACAAGAGGCUUGAGGUACCGAUUUCCGAGGAAGAAAUAAAAGCUUGA